UUCUCGUCGCGCCUCUAAGCUCGGGCUGGUGAGGUCGGCGCCGCCACCCACGCCGCGCCUGCUCCCGACUCGAGGGAUCCCAGCCCGUGGCGCGCGCGCUGGGCCCGCAGCAGCAGCAGCAGCGAGGACCGAGCGCCCCGAAGCAGCAUCACCAUGGAUUUGUCCUUUAUGGCCGCGCAGCUGCCCAUGAUGGGGGGAGCCUUCAUGGACUCGCCCAACGAGGACUUCAGCACGGAGUACUCCCUCUUUAACUCCUCCACCAACGUGCACGCGGCGGCCAACGGCCAGAGCCUGGCGGAGGAGCCCGCGCGGUCCUCCAACGACGCCGUCCUGCUGUGGAUCGCCAUCAUAGCGACGCUGGGGAACAUAGUGGUGGUGGGGGUGGUGUACGCCUUCACCUUCUGAGCCGCGGCGGCCACCCGAGCGGCGGGCAGCGCCUGCGCCGGGCUCCCCAGCCGCGCCCUGCAGUGGUCACUUCGGGGGGGUUCCGCAGCUCGCACCUUCUGGAACGUGGGCCCUGGCCACGCCCACAGGCCCAAGGGGCGGCAACCAUGCUUCCGGAAGAUCCCCUUGCACCCCUGAUUUCAAAUACCCUGUUCUGUCCACGAGCGGCUUCGGAACAAGAGGGAGUGGACUUCCGGCCCCCAGAGGCGAGGGCCAGGGAAAUCUGGACGUUGCUUUCCAGGAACAUGAGACCUGAGGGAACCGCCAGCGGGACUUAAAAUGCAGCCAGGGUUUGAGGGUGGGUUGCAGACGGUAGAGGGGCGCUGACGCAUACUGUUUCUAUGCGGACUUGGGGGGUUGCCCCGCGGGACUGUUUUCUCCCAUCUUGGACUCCCACUGCGUCCCCUGGUAUUGGUGGCUUUCACUUGAGGGACCGCAGAAUAUUCCUCUCUUAACUGGCGCUUUUGUCGUCAGACACCUGGGCCCUUUGGGGACCCAGAUGCAUCAGGACACCCCAGGAGGGGGCAUAGCGGGCAGGCUGCGGGGUCCCCUGUGGACUGCGGGCCUUUGCCUGCUGGAUGAGCUGUGUCCCCCGUUCAAGUAGAGGGAAGCACCGUGAAAAAUCAGUCAUGCCAGGCCGUUAACCCUUCAGUCGUCCCCUGUAGAUGCUUUUUGAAAAAUCACAGCUUUUAGAGGUGAAUAAGCACGUGUCCACCUACUCACCUGGCGAGUGGCAGGAGGAGGGAAUGAGUUGCCUGAAAUCACAGGGCAAGUUCGGGGAGCAGAGGGAGCAGAGGGGGCUGCUGCUGCUCAGCUCCGGCUCUGCCUGCCCCAGCCCAGCACCCCAACCUGCUUCUCUGUCGCCCAUGGCACAGCCGCCCUGGGGUUUGCUGUGUGGACGGGGCGGUCAGACACCCACCUUUGAAAUUGGCUACGUGCAUUCACUGGCAGGUUUGAAGGUGCUUUGUACACAAAUCUCCUUAAAUUCCUGAAGUCGGUGUUUAGGAGCCCCGUGCAAGGACCAGAACAGGAUGGGGGGUGUUUUCUUGCACCCUUGGGGAGGUGGCUUCACAGUGCUUGUCCUCCGCCCCCAGCCCCAGGCAGCCUCCCAUGCAGGCAGGCCGGGAGCAGCCCAGACGCAGGUUCACUGGCCCCCAAGCUGCAAGCGUCUCCUCCCUGCCCUGUAGGAAAAGAAAAUAAAUGGCCAAACCCCCCCUCUGUGGCUGAGACACGCCUGGGUAAGGAGCCCCAGGUGUGUUUGGGAACAAGGCAAAGGGCUGCUUUUGUCGCUGCUCCCAGGAGACCGUUCCCGACGGCAGGCGAAGGGACAUCUCAGCUAGCCAGAGGCAGCCGCUUGACCCCGGCGGCGGGCACCGAGCUGGGCAGCUCCUGCAGAUGCCCCAGCUCUGUUACUGGCCGCGUCUGGCCCUGCAGCGCCUUCUGCCUGGUGCUUCAGCUCAAGCGGUCAGCGUGGAGCACGCCACCUGCUGGCGUGACUUUUGCAGAGAAGGGAUGUGGGAACUUAGGCCUGGACACCUCUGGAAUCUGCUGUUUGCACGAGCAGAUGCGCCCACAGCCGGGCCGGACGGGGCCAGCGCAGGCAGAGGCCUCUCCUCCAGCCCUGGGUCUGCCCCUGCAAGCGAGUCCUCCGGCCUGUGUGCUCAUGUGAAGACCGGGAGGGGUCAAGCCAGGGCUGUGGGGCUCUCUGGUUCGCCCCAGUGCACCCCACGCCCCAGGCUGCCACAGCCCUGUGAAGAGGUGAGUGGCAGCCCCUGGCAUGGGUUGUGAUGGCAGGGGGCAGAGGGCUCCUCGGCCAUGGUGGUGGCUCUAGAGCACACUCCUGCCUCCCAGAGCCCAGGGUUCCCUGGGCAUUUCUCUGGGUGCAGACCUCACCCCUGUGAAGACGUUUUUUUCUCCUAGAAAUGUGGCUUACACUCAGCACCCAGCUCUCUCCCAUUUCAGCAGCAGGGCCUCGGGAAGUCUGGGCAUUUAGGCCCCAUCCCGCUGCCUUUGACUUAUCCAGGUUCCAGUGGUCUUGCUCAGGCGCCCACCACCUGUCUCCCGCUUCUUCUGUUUUUCUCUCCUCCGUCACUCAGAUCACGGUGCACGGAGGUGGGCACUUUGGGUUCUGGCUGCCCCACCCCGGGCCCUGAGGAAGGUGGAGACAGGCGCACCCGCACUGCGGCCAGUGCCCUGGGGGGCUCACACUGACCCUCCCGCUCACCUCAGAGCAGCAUGGUGCCCACACCGGAUGGGCAGGAGCUCAGAGGAGUGGGGAAACACGCCUGGGGCCACACAGCCUGAGCAUGAGGACUGUGUGACCCCAAACCAGGCUCUGCUGGGACACUCCACAGCCUUCGGUGACUGGGUGGCUCCUUCCAGCCCCGGAAUCGCCGAGCAGGGGCACAGAUGUCCAUGCGGCCUGCCCCUCCGGCCCCCGCCCAGGAUCUGACCUCCCUGGAGCCCCUUGGGCCUCCUCAGCAGGGGUGGGAUAUCCUCUCUGGGGCCCAGCCCCGGGCUCCCAUGAGGGCAUCUCCUGGGCGGACUUGAGCCGAGUGCACCCUGAGCAGAUGAGCCAGUGCAGCCUCUUCAGUAACUGCAUUUGCUGGAAUGUUCUCUGUGCCGGCCCCUCUGCCUGCCCCUUCACCUCCCCUCUGCUGGCAUCAGUGUUCACACUCAGGGCCAAGGCCUGCUGUCACUGGAGCUUGGGGUCACACACCACCCUCGCCAGGCAUGUCACACGCCCGGGACCCACCUCUGCAGGGCUGAUGGCACCGCCUGCCCCUCUCGGUCACUGCUUUCCUCCCCUUGCCCAUGAGAUCAAGGUCAAGAAGCAAAUGAGACUUCCCCACUCCCUCUCCCCUCCAGAGGGAGGAUGCUGUCCGCAGGACCCUGGGGAGGAAGGAAGGGCUCGUCCAUUUAGCUGACCAGUCAUCUUCCAGCCACUCUAAAUGGACGGCCUGGAUGUGGGCCAGACCGCAGCGUGUGUCGGCCCCUCCCUGGAGACCAGAGUCCUGGCGGUCGUCUCCUGCUGCCUGAGUCCUUCCAGAUGCGCAGUCCUUUGCUUCUGCAGGACGCAGCCGCCCGCUCGGCCAGCGGUGAUGUUACUGGUAAUUACACUCGAACUAGCCGCUGGGCUUGCUGCUCCUUCUGCUGCCAGUCCCCUGUCUUCCUUGUGCUGUGUGCUUGUUUGUACCUCUGUCUUUUCACUUCCCCUGGGGGGAGCAGGAAGCAGGUUGCUGAGAGCUGCCCAUGCAUCACUGUCCUGCUUUCCUGCUGGGGAGAUGAGGCCAAGCUCCGUACUGGGAGCUGGGGCUCCACCUGAGCUCUGUUGGCUGUGCAGGCUGGGCACCUAACUCCCCUGUGUCUGCCACCUGCCUGAGAGCCCCCAGACUGAGUUAGCCCAGGCAGGGAUGGGGGGCGGUGUUGGUCCUGGGGAACAGCUUAGGUGUGAGUCGUGGGCAGGGCUGUGCGGUGAUGUAUGCCUUUGUCAGGCUCAACACCUCAGGGCCAUGAGAGGCCUUAGAGAACAUUGAGUUGGGACCUCUGGUGUGCAGAGGACAUCUUGGACUGGCUCAGGGAGAGUGGACGGCCCCUGGAGACCCCCCCGGGGCACCCAGCAGCCUGUGCAUCACCAGGAAGCACAGGUGUCAUGGGCCACCAGCUUUGGCCCCGGGAAAGGCCUGGCAUUCUCUGCCAGCUUCACUGGCCCCCUACACCCUCUCCUGUGCAAUGCCCACUGGCUCCCGGGGCAAGUCCAAUGAGCUGGGCUGUCGUCUCCGGGAAGCCCAAGGGGAUCAUCUCGGGCCCCUGCCCCCACGGCUCAGUGAGGGACAGCAGAGAGGGUGGCCAACAGCCUGGACUGAGCCCACAGUCUCCACAGCCUCUGGGAGAAGCCCAGGCGAUCGGGACACACCAAGCGAUUUGGACUAACGGAGCCCAGCUGUUGCCAGGAUGAGCAUGGGAGUGGCCCUUUUAUUUGGGGCUGCAGGAGGAGUGGGCAGGAGACAGGACAGGUAAACCACAGUGAUUGGAGAAGAGGGAGGAUGCCCUUAGGGUGAGGUGUGUGGAGCGGGGAGCGGCCAGGAGGCUGUCCACUGACCACAGAAGUGGAGGGUGUGAGUCUGCAUCGUUUGUUCACUGUCAAGUCACACGCUGGUCAUCAAGACAGAAAAUGGACAUCGGGGAGCCCCAGAGAGGCCCUGACCUCCAGCCCAUGCUAGAUGAGGCUCUGACCCCUGGCCGGCUCCUACUGUCCUGGGAGAUGUGAGACCCUCUCCCCUCGGGGAGCGGGUGGGACUGAGCCCGAGGCAGUGGGCAGGGAAGUUGAAUGCUGUGGGUCCAGAAUCCUGAUCCUGCACUGGGCCGCACACGCGCACACACACGUGUGACCUGCACACCUGCAAACAUACAUGAACACAUGCACCUACACGUGUACACGCACACACACACACACAAGGCUGAGCAGCUACCAGCAGCCCCAGGGUCUGCCUCUCCAGCCAGGUGCUCCCACAUCUUAGGGAUGCCAAGGACCACCUGCAGGGAGCUCCAAGCGUUCCCCAGCCUCACAGGCGAUCCAUCUGGGACUGGCGGGCAGGCAGGAGGCAGGCUGGCAGGAGGUGUGCUUCCAGGCUUUUCCACCUGAGGAAACAGGCACCGAGGGUUUGGGCGAGUCACCGGCCAGUCAGCAGGAGGGCAGGUCUUGAGCAUCUCUGUGGAGUUCGUGAACCACCACACCAGCUUUAUUCCUUUGGCAAUGUCUGGGGACAAUUUGGGGAGGAAGCUAGUGGGUAGAAGCCAGGGACGCUGCUGCGGAUGAGGGGCUGGAGUCCGAGAAGCCUUGGGCCACCUGGUUCUCAGGCUGGCGGUGUCCCCCGAAGCUCCCCAUUGCCCAUGUGUGAGCCACUGGUGAAGCCAAGCCCGCCCUCCUGCACUGUGGCGUCUCCAGGCCUAGCCUGGAGAGAAAUCCCACCGGCCCGAGGCGGGGCCCGAGCAUGUGGCAGAAAUCCACACGGCUCCAUUUCUAGGGCCUUCGUGAGCCUUUCAGCCUAGGUGGGAGCUGAGCUGGGCCCCCCCGGUGACUGUCCCUGGGGCCUGGCCUCGCGCUAAUAGUGGGAGGAGCUCAGAAGGCGAGUGGGUCUGCUGACCGCCGGGCUAGGCCGUGCCUUCUGGCUGGGUCCUUCUCCACACUCACCCCACUUCCCCGGUUGAGGGACAUGAGCGUUCUACUCUCCACAUGCUACAGAAACCUCAUUCUUACAACUCACUGCCCUUCGGAUACCAGUUCUUCCUGCUGAGAGCAUCAGGAAUGUUUGUAUCUUUCGAGCGUUUUCAUAAUCAGCUUAUGACUAAGUAGUUGGCUGUAUAAAAUGAUGUUUUAACUAUUCUUGUGGACCUUUGCUCCCGAGCCCCCGGUUUCGCUCGGAGGUCACUAACUUCUACUACAGUGAGACGGUUAUUUCUUAACGUGGGCUCCCACAUGCUCUUCUGCUGAGCAUCCCAGCCUAAGGGGUGUCAGGAUGUGGCUGUGAAGUCACCUCUGUCGCUGUGUGCGUCGCUGUCUUUGGCUUCUAUUAUGACAAUAAAGAACACUAACUCCUG